ACAAGUGGAGCAGCGAGCAAGGAGGACAAGAGGCGCUCGACUUCUUGUUGUUUUCUCUUCUUCUUCUUCUUCACUUAUUCAAGCAUGCCGAGCGCAGGAGAGAGGACCCCCUCCACCACUUCUGUGGACUCAGCCGCAACAGAUAGCGCCAAAGGUUCAGUGUCAGAAACACCCAAGAAAUCAUCGAAGAAGUCCAAAGAAUCCCCCGAUGACAUGAAUAAAGUCUACGACUCGGUGCUCAACAGCGUCUUUGGGGCGGAGAGAGAGAGAGCUCAGGCCGAGUUGGACGAGUUGCAAGAGGCCUUCAAAGAGUUUGACUACGAUCAAGAUGGAUACCUGAACUACAAGGACGUGGCUGAGUGCAUGAGGACGAUGGGAUAGAUGCCCACGGAAAUGGAGCUGCUGGAGAUAGUUCAAUAGAUCAAGAUGAGAAUGGGCGGGUUGAUGGACUUUGAGGACUUCACUGAGCUGAUGGGACCCAGGAUGAUGGGAGAGACUGCUCACAUGCUGCGACUCAAGGAGCUGCAGUCGGCCUUUGCACAGUUUGACCUCGACAGAGACGGAAAGAUCAACCAGGACGAGAUGAAGGAGGCCAUCAAGUCCAUGCUGGGGGAGAAGCUGAAGAAAGGGGAGCUGGAGGAGAUCAUAACAGAGCUGGACAUCAACGCGGAUGGAAGCGUUGACUUUGAAGAGUUUGUGAUGAUGCUCUCCAUCCGCGAGCUGCUCCACCGCUUCUGA